AUGAUUACGAUGAUGAUGGAUGAUAUAAUGAUGAUGAUGGCGAUGAUAAUCGGUGAUGAUGCGGAGAUUAUGAUAGAUGAUGAUAGUGGGAAGAAUCGGAAUCUGAGUAGUAUUAGUGGGAAGAAUCGGAAUCUGAGUAGUAUUAGUGGGAAGAAUCGGAAUCUGAGUAGUAUUAGUGGGAAGAAUCGGAAUCUGAGUAAUAUUAGUGGGAAAAAUCGGAAUCGGAAUAGUAUUAGUGGGAAAAAUCGGAAUCGGAGUAAUAACGUGAAAAAGAAUCUGAAGAAUGUUAAUAUAAAGGAAUCUGAAUCGCAGUAG